UCGGCUUUUGGCUCGUUUUGCCUGAGGAAGUCGUCUGCGCGGUUGGGCUGCCUGGGAGCCACGUGAUCUAAAGGGAUGAUGGCGGGCGCAGCAGAAGACGUGCGAACGCUCUUCGGAGCUGCUAUCCGCGCGGCUCUGGAGGCUUGGCCUGCAUUACAGAUCGCUGUGGAGAAUGGCUUCGGGGGCGUACACACCCAGGAGAAGGCCGAAUGGCUGGGGGGUGCAGUGGAGGAUUACUUCAUCGCCAAUGUUGACUUGGCGCUGGAAGAGAUAGAAGAUUUCCUUGGAGAGCUGAUGACCACUGAGUUUGAUACAGUUGUGGAAGAUGGGAGCCUGCCCCAGGUGAGUCAGGAGCUGCAGACCAUGUUCCAACACUUCCAGAAGGGUGAUGGGGCUGCUCUGCAGGAGAUGACUUCUAACAUCAACCAAAAAAAGUGCAAGGUCACGGCUACCCCACUUAAGACAGCCAAAGAAACUGGGGUGGAUGAAGAAGAUGUGGACAGCGUGGAAGAAAUGGAGGUGAAAGAGGUGCCUGUGCGUGCGUGGGCAGAGGUGACAGCUACAAACGAUGGGACCACAACAGAUGUGGUCUGCCCCCAGCCUCAACCUUCUGAUCCAGACCCCCAGACUAUUAAGGAAGAGGAUAUAGUAGAAGAUGGUUGGACCAUUGUCCGGAGAAAGAAAUGAAUAGGGCAGUAAAUGGUUUGGGCACUUGUCUGUUAAGUGUUAUGAAAGAGUUAUAGGGGCUGUUUUGGAAGGCUAUACACCUGUCCUGAUAACCAUAUUCCUACCUUGUUCUGAUAACCAUAUUCUUACUAGGGAAGAAAAGCCCUAGGAUCCUUGGUUGUGUUGAUGGGACCUAUUUCAGCCCCUUGAACCCUAAGGUACCAUAUGAGAGAGAAGACCAGGUUUCCCAGCACAGUGCCUCCUAGCUGCAGUGAAUGUGAAGUGGGUGAUGACUGUGGCUGCGGUUGGAGUAGAAUCCAGACUUGUGGACAGCAGGCAGGCACAUUUGUGGAAAGGAUGGGAAUUCCACAGUGGGAGGCUGGCUGCAUUGGGAAUAGUAAGAUAAACAUGCAGUUGGAUGACAGAGUAGAUGUAAGUGUGGUACCUCCCCAGUGUCCCCAACCCCAGACUCCCACGGAGCAACUCUUAUUGCCCAGAACUUGUAUCCUUCUGUGAAUGCUCCCACCCUGAUACUUUUGAGUGUUUGAAGGACUCGACUAAGUGGUGAACUUGAGAAAGUAGGGCUGUUUUAAGUCCAGGGAUGAGGCUUAAGACCUUAAUAACAUAACACCUUCUUGUUUAAUCCAUGACUUAACCUUGGAAUCAGCCUUCUGAGAGCUGAGCUUCAGAUUUCAGUGAAAGAGUAGUUUCUGCACCCAUAGCUUCCCCCCCCCCAAGUAGCCUGGGACUUUGGACAAACGGACGGACCAUAGCAGUGCUCUGAAAGUUACUGUAAGCCUGAAAUAAACUGUAUUUUUCUUUAAAAAA